CCGCUGAUGUUCAGGGAGAACUGAGGGAGGGUGUGGCGGUGAGGAGGCAGCCCUGGCUCCCCGCCCCCACCCGGGUUUCAAUACCACAGGCUGGGCCUUCCCCAGCCAGGCACGAGGUUGUUGUCUGAGCUUUGCUUGCUUUCUGGGGCCUGGGGACAAUAAGGAAGUCGUGGAGUGAAACUGCUGUUUUCCAGGGUAGCUGAGCUCAGCCUCUCGUCCCCAGAGAAGCGGGAGGCAGCCCUGGGCUGGGCGGCGACAGGUGGAGGCGGCCGGGCUGGCCCCUGGCUCCCAGGAUUGGUUGCCUGUGACCUCAGCUCCUGGGAGCUAGGAUAUAUACGGCCAGAGCGUCUUCUCUGAAAAUCGCCAGCACCUUCUCCCGGCAAGAGCUGCUCCCGAGCCCGCGCCGGACACCACUUGCAGCCGACAAGGAGCAUUGCCUGACACAGAGGGCCCUGGUCUAGAGGCCCCAGCCCCCAGCAUCGAGGACCUGAGCGGCUUCUGGGAUCUAAGCCCAUGGAGAACCAGCGGGGCCCGAGGAAGCCCCCGGCAGCCAGGAGAACCCGGUCUCUGGACAGGCCGAAGGCCCCGCCGAGGGGCUGCACAUCAGGGAACCUCUCCCUGGCCGCCUCACCCAGGAGGGCGCUCCGCCGGACGGCCAGCGAUGGCGCCAGGGGUCCUGAGAGCCCGGCUCUGUCUGUGGGGUCAGCAGCCCUGCCUCCGGAAGACAUGGGAGAGCAGAGGCCCCCACAAGACGCCAAGAGAGACAAGGCCCCGAGGUGGUGGGCCCAGCCGAGAUGGUUAAAGACACUCCUGAGCUUCCUGCUGAGGGCGUCCGAGGAGCCCAAAGAAAAGGCCAGCAGGAGGCCAAGAGGGAAGGAGGGCUUCCCCCAGGCCUCAGAGCCCCCAGAGGCUGCAGGGGAACCAGCCUGCAGGAAGAAAGUCCAGGACACGAAGGCCAGCCGCAGGAAAUCUGGCUCUAAGAAACCCAGCCCUGAGGAAACCAACGGGACUCAAGACAUGGAGGCUGGAGACCAACAGGCAGGGCGGCCCAGGCUGAGCCCGGCUCACGGAGGUGGGGAAGAUGACCAACUCCAUCAGUCCUUGCUCACCGAAGGGGAAGGUGCUGGAGCCGCAGACGUCUGUCCCCAAGCCACAGAUCACCGGCAAGAAGAGGCGCUCACGAAGCCCGACCAGGAGGCGGUGAUCCAGAUGAUCGUGCGGCUGCUCAGAAGAGUGGGAGACCAGUUGGAAGAGGAGGCCCGCGCUCUCAGGAAGCAGAAGUCCAGCCUCAAGAGCGCUUUCUCUCCCAGGAAGCCCAGCUCCGAGGCGCCCAGGGCGGCGGGGCCUGCAGACGGCUCCAGCUCAGACGCCCGGCCGCCCAAGAGGCCCAGCUUUCUGCCCCUGUGUGUUGGUGGCCACCGGCCCUCGGUGUCUGGCAGCCCAGGCCUGCAAGAACCCGAGGCACAGCCUGCAGGUGGCGGAAGUCCGAGCCCGUCUGCGCUUCCCACCCCGGCAGGACUUCAGGGAUCCGAAGCGGCGCUGCAGCUGGACAGAGCCUCAGAAUCCAAGGAAUUCAUCCGGAAGAUCACUGCCCUCCUUCAAGACGUGGAGGGGCAGGGGGCAGAGCGGUUUCAAGUCCAAGAGGCCCCGCCCUGCAGGAGCACAUCUCACGAGAAAAAGUCCACACGCAAGAAGGCCUUCGCUCAGAAGAGGCAUGGCUCCAAGGAGCCCAAGAGGGCAGGGGCCGCAGCUGCCAGCAGCCCGGACCCCCGGCCGCCCAAGAGGCCCGGCUUUCUGCCCCUGUGUGUUGGAGGCCACCGGCCCUCCGUGUCCGGCAGCUUUGAUUCCGAAGACCCCGAGUUCCAGGCAUGCUCGCCUGCAGCAAGGGCUCCAGCUAGCUUCUCAGAAGCAGCUCCCCAGGCCGGAAGCCACAAGGCGGAAGGGGGACAUCCGCUGGACGAAACGCAUGGAUCCAAGGAGCUCCUGGUCCGGGAGCUGGUGGCCCUUCUCCAAGCGUGGGACGGCCAGCUGGGGAAGCAGAUCAGGCGGCACCCUAGCCUCAAGAUGGUUUUUUAUGAGUUUCCAGAUUCUUCUCUCAGGACGCUGGUGGCCACCCUGCGCAGCCAGGAGGCCCCCUCCCCCGGCUCGGCUCGGAGCCUCGUCGGGAAACCCUACCCGUUUGUCUUGAGCUUGGCUAACAAAUUUGCUGGCAACCACAGCCACGCCAGCUGCAGACUCAUGGGCUCCAGGGGCCACUGCUGCCAACACAGUUAUGCCCACUUCCCGCACACGGAGGGCCAGCUGAACAUCACGAGUCCUGAGAGCCAAAGUCCAGAUUGAGAGCCCUGCAGGUUAACACCCUGGCCUGAAGUGUCAGCAUCCCAUAUGGGUGCCGGUUCACUUCCAAUCCAGCUCUCUGCUGUGGCCUAGGAAAGCAGUGGAAGAUGGCCCAAGGCCUUGGGCCCCUGCAUCCAUGUGGGAUGACCUGGAGGAAGCUCCUGGAUCCUGGCUUCAGAUCAGCUCAAUUCCAGCCAUUGCGGCCAACUGGGGAGUGAACCAUUGAAUGGAAGACCCCUCUCUCUCUCUCUCUCUCUGCCUCUCCUCUCUCUGUGUAACUCUGACUUUCAAAUAAAUAAAUUAAAAAAAAAAAAAGAAAAAGAAAAAGAAGAGCUCCUGACACACAGCCACACAGCUCACGGUGUGAGCCAGGGCCCCCAAAGCUGCUUCCUGCUGUCCCAACCCCAGGCUUCACGGAGAGGAC